GGUGAAUUCACAUCGUUUGUUAAAUAUCGUCAGUCCUCUCGUCGUGUAUUUCAGUUAUCGUCGGGACUAUCGUUAAGGCCCGUGGGUUGAUAAGAGUGUUCCUGGCGAUUACCGUCGCAAAAAUCGCUGGAAGUAUAUACCGAGUGAUGUAUCAAUUUUGUAUUGGAUCGUCUGGGUUCAAUUGUAAACAAACCAAAUUAUCGCUUAGUCGAAUCUGUGUGCAGUGAACAAGUCAACGAUCGAGCCAAAGACGUUGAUCACGUGGAAUGGUAAAACUGUAACGAGUAGUCGUGUUUGGAAAGUCGGUGUUUUCUGUUUUGGGUUGUUGGUGUAUUAUGCAAGCUGCAGAAGGUUUCCGCAAGUCGGUCUGCUUGUAAAUAGUGAGCUUGAAACAAAUACGGAAGAGCAGUGGCCCAAGCAGUUUUCGUUAUAUAAAAUUAGUAGAGAUAAACCAUCAAAACCUUGUACCGCUUUCCUGUUCUGUUGAAGCAGAUUUUUUUUGGCACCAAGUGAAUAACUAUAAAUAUUGUUAUAUGAAACUACCGGGAGAACGCGUUGCCAGAGUAAUGAAUCUCGAGGAGCCCACAUUCGGAGAUAAUUACAUACAGGAAUUCGUGCUGGAACAUCUGGAAGAUACUAGUGUGAAACGGGAGGAUAUAAGCCCAACGGUUGGAAAUGGGAAAAUCUGGGCACCGGCAGGAGAUGAAAAUGGAUUUAUACCAAUUCGACUAAAGGCCAGUGGCUGGCAUGUUGAGGAGCGCAAGGUCAACUCAAUUACUCCUACUUCGGACUUUUAUCCACAUCCUACCCAUGGCCAACCGGUUUUGUUAAAUCCACCCAUUGUGGGUGUACCAUCUACACCACCGGAGACUCCUCCGGUUGUUGGUUCCCCGAGUCAUCCCAAUUCUGGUUCCUACCCGUACUACAGCAAUCGUAUCCAGCCUGAUCAGAUGGAAAAUAUGAUGAUCGUUCCGCAGACGAUGCGAAUGGAACAACCGUUAGAUCUACGACCUUCGCACCAGUUUGCAAUUUCUGCAGAAGGUGAUUGGAUUGAUCGUAAGGAAUAUAUGCAAGCCCAUCCUACUAAUGGAUUCUCUCAUCAUCAUGGUCAGUUAGAUCACCUUAGCCCACUGCAUGGUGGUUCACAUCAUCAUCUCAAUCUCCAUGGACAUUCUAACCGUCCGCACUCGGUUAGUUCCGCAGGAUCACUCGGUUCUCCCAGAAUGGGCAAUGGUAGUGGUAGCUGUUAUACAAGUAGCAACAGUAGCGACGACAUUAUCAAUGAUGAUCUACUGAUGUCGCUUUCGGUGCGCGAACUAAACAAACGCCUGCAUGGUUGCCCACGUGAUCAAGUGGUUCGCCUAAAGCAAAAACGACGCACUCUAAAAAACCGUGGAUAUGCUCAAAACUGUCGAUCCAAACGGCUGCAGCAGCGCCAUGAUUUGGAAAUCACCAAUCGCCAGUUGCAGAACGAGAUGCAUCAUAUGAAAAUGGAAUUGGCAAUGAUCAAGCAGGAAAGAGAUGAACUCAAGAGUAAACUUCGCGAUCGCGCAGGGGUAGCGCAUCAGCAUCCACACAGCCAGCAACCGCCAAUACCACACCAGCAACAGCCUCAAUCGCGUCAAUCGAACGGGACUGCGUCCGCUGCUAAGCAUCCGCUCAUUACCGACAGCACCAGCUCUCCAGAAUAUUACGUAUGACGUCAAAUUGGAGGCCAACAACCGUGGAUCGGACGUUAUGCUUCCUAAUGCAGCUAAUAGUAAAUCCAACCGAUGGCUGUCCCAAUGGGAAUGACCAGAAUGUAUUUUUUGGUGAAUAAAGAUGUAAAUACGAAAAGAUGAAAAGCAUUAAAGACUGGAUCUCUGUGCGGGCGCAAUGUUAUUCCUAGAGAUUUCAUGCGCGUUUAGGUGUUCCAAAGUACCUCACUGAGCGAGGUGAGCAGGUCGAAAAUGCUAGUUAUACGAAGUUUGUAAUUUCACUCAAGGAUUAAUCGUGAAGGCUAACAGUUUAAAUUGUCGAAUUUCGGUUGAAACAUGAGUUUGUUAAACUUUCCUUUUUUAAGAAAGACUAUGCAAAGAGAUCUAUUAAAUAAUAAGCAAUCGUUUUUAUUAAAGUAAAAAA